AUGCCCCAUAGGAAUAUCCAUACUACCGGCUUCCCCUCUGGAGAUAAACCUGAUGGUCCCAAUACUUUAGAACGCAAUUUUCCCAGCCAUCCACCUCCCUUCCCACUGAACACAACAAUUGAUCCCAAAUUCAAACCUGCCUCGGGACCCCGUCCGAGCUUAGCAGAGCAAGCCUUGACAGGGAAUGCCAAUGAUAUUUUACGGAAAGUGGACUCCAAUUCAGGUUUCGUAUCACACAGCAAGGAAGACGGGAUAACGCAAACUACAGCCGAUGAUGCAAACUGCCUGCCUAGGAAACGUCAUUGGGGACACCACAUACCACCAGUUGGUGAUAUUGAUAUGGUGGAGGCUUAUAUAGCGCAGAAGGAAUGCCAUGAGCAGCAGAAGCUGAUCGCUAUAGACAGGCACAAGGUGCACAAGUUACGUGCCAUGAUGUGGGAGCAGAGAGAGGAGGAGACGGCUGUGAGGGAUUCUAUCAGAGCACAACUCAGUGCUAUUACAUGCUGCACUUGUCAAUCUACUGCACAGCUCAUUGAAAAGGAUUACGCAGCACUCCGGUCGAUCGCGCUGUAUCAUUUGGAUUUGGAAUAUCAGCUUAAUCAGUCUGAGGAUGAAUUGGAGGAGCUUGAGCAGGAACUCGCUCACUCAGCCGCCCGACUGAGCCGCCUAUUCCACCCGGUAGAUAAUAGAGCACCUCAAGGUGUUAGGACCGAAUUUGGGGUUGCGCGUUCUCGUUCUGAUCCUCGAGGCUUUGACACCCGAUCGGUCCCGCUGACCACAUCUGAGAGGAAGAAUGAUUCACAGCAGAAGCAGCCCCAUCUGUUCGCUUCGCAGGUGCAGGAAUCCAUAUCUGGCGCAGAGAGAGUCCCGGUCUCUCAAACAAGCACGUGUCCAGUAAGUCCAGAUUAUAGGUUCCCGCAAGCUUGGGAUCGGAUACAGGCACAGCCACAUUAUGACAUCGCCGACUUCGAGUCAGACCUUGACGAAAUAGCCCAAAGUGAUCCAGGAUUCGCAAGGGGCACAGCUCACUCCUUGGGCAUUCGCAGCCGUUCUGCAGAUGACAUCCGUUUUGCAGAUAAUCAAGUCAAAGACCCGUUCAAGUUGACGAUUCGUGAAAGGUCCUCCCCGUAUGAUCAGAAUGAUUUCGAUAGCACUGGGCCACCCUUUCAGCGGCGUAAGUUCAUAGACAACUGGAUCCUUCACCAGGUUCGCACCUCAUCGCUGGAAAGUGCACGUCUGAGAUCCCAUCCCGUAUGGGAAACUUUACGUACCCAGGGCUUGACCGAUGAAGACAUCAGUCAAUUGGCUCUUGGAAGCUGGCACUCAAAUGACGCAGGUGCGGUGGUGUCUAGUGGUUCGACGAUCAAACCUUCCAAAAAGCCGGAACAAGCCAGCACUGUUAUAUGGCACGGGACCUGCAGGUCUUUCAACAAUCGAAAGAGAACUAAUUCCAUAGCUUUUGGCACUCGGCCACCUCUCCGUCGCAUGUCUCGCUAUGAUUCCGCCUGGCGGGUAUUUGGCCUUGAAGAUGAAGGCAGUCCGCCAGCAGAGUUGGGCAAGGAGAAUGAGUAAUUGGUAUAUUUCAAUAUCCGUUCGUUUAGAUGGUGUAGCAUAGCACAGAGAUUGGUGGCUAGUCAUGGCCUAUCGUUAGUGACAACAUGCCAGCACUUGGAUAGCUCUCAAAAUGCAUACAUUAUCAG